UCAGCAGCGCCACUACCCGUUAGUUGGAUAACGGCGAGAGAAGCAGCGCGGGCCCCGACGUUCUUCACUUCACUGCGCUCGUCUACCUUCAAACCCGGGCCGUUGACCGGGAAUCGAACUUCCAGUAAAGGCUCGUUUAUGCCUGUUAGCGACGUCGUUGGGCGUGUUUAAGUCGGGCAGUAGUCGCGCGAGCCUCGCUGUCAACUCUCGCAUACGUAGUUUUAGCUGAGUCGCGAGCUAAGUGCGUUAGCUUCCAAACGAAAGGCCUUCCAUCGGGCCGGCGCCGAGAAUACCGUCCAGUUUCGUCCUGGUGGAUAGAAAGCCGCACAUCCUGAGCCGUUUAAAGGAGCUGGGAGAGGAUGGCUCUGAAAAGGAUCAAUAAGGAGCUGACUGACCUCGCUCGAGACCCUCCAGCGCAGUGCUCUGCCGGACCAGUGGGUGACGACAUGUUCCAUUGGCAAGCCACAAUCAUGGGACCUACUGACAGUCCGUAUCAGGGAGGCGUUUUCUUCUUGUCAAUUCAUUUCCCGACAGACUACCCCUUCAAACCACCUAAGGUCUCAUUUACCACGAGAAUUUACCACCCGAAUAUAAACAGUAAUGGCAGUAUCUGUCUGGAUAUUCUCAGGUCACAGUGGUCUCCUGCACUUACCAUUUCGAAAGUUCUCCUGUCCAUCUGCUCACUUCUAUGUGACCCUAACCCUGAUGACCCACUAGUGCCAGAGAUCGCACGAGUCUACAAAACAGACUCUCAGAAAUACGUUAGAACGGCACAAGAAUGGACACUCAAAUACGCACAAUGACGUCCUCCAGAUUGGUGGCGAAAAUGUCGCAAAUUUAAAAAUUCUGGAAUUCUGUUUUUCUUUUUUUUUUUUUUCUUUUUUUUCCACCUUUGUUAAUCUGAACAUUUUACCCUCCUUAUCCAAUCUUUUUGCUGAUAGUAAGAUGGUGUUCCGCCAGGACACGUGCCAGUUUCUGAGAACUAAAGAUCAACACGGCUGUCAUGAGCAUGCACCAGUCAUUCAUUCGACACAAGUUUCCUCUGCGCACACCGAGCAGAAUCUCACGCAACAAAAGUGCGUCUUCUCGGCCUGCCAGCUCUGUCUCACUGGAAGCGCUCGGCUCAGGAGUUUAGCUUGUCAGAAACUGGUGUGGCCUCUGGGACUGCCGCUUCUCAUUGGUGUUUAGAGUGACGGGAAGCUAAGGGAAGAGUUGUCUUAUUCCGCUCGUGUGUACAGAGAAGCACAACAGGAUAUAUCAAUAUAAACCAAUGAUAUUCAAUGUUGUAUGUUAUGCAUGUUAAUAAAAGUCUGGAUAUUUUAUCUAAUCUGCAAAUUGAGUGCAUUCAGAUCUGAAGGAUUGAAAAUAUGGCUCUCCAUGAAUUCCUUUUUCUUUCAUACAAGCCAGUAGCUGAGCUGUUUAACACCUCAACACUUCUGCCCUGACGUGCACAUGAGCCUGGGGUUGAUGGUCAACUCACCACGCUCAUGUUUUUAUUUUUUCCUGUCAAUAAAGUUAC